AUGCCGUCUAAGCCGCUCUAUCCCGCCUAUCUUCCGACGCGCCCCGAUGGACCUAGCGUGCCCAUCGCAGUGCCGUUCUUCGAGGCUGACGAGCCAGCCCGCCGCGCGAAUCCGGCGAAACCGUCCCUGCUCAAGGCAGGGGUGACUGCAAUUAAUGUCACUCCACGCAUCGGGACCGAGAUCCGCGGCGUCCAAAUAAGUGAGCUAUCGAAGGAGGGUCUUGACGAGCUCGCUUUGCUGGCGGCGGAGAGGGGGGUGGUUGUGUUUAGAGACCAAGAUUUUGCCGAUAUUGGUUUCGAGCGACAGCUUGAAAUCGCGAGGCAUUAUGGUCCUCUUCACAAGCACCCUACCAUGGGAUUCCCCAAGGGUACCAGCUCUGAGUUCCACGUUGUCUAUGCUGAUGAGAACUCGGGAAACCUCCGAAGUCUUCUGGGGCCGCGCACAACCUACGACCUCUGGCACAUUGACCAGACAUUCACAGCCAACAUCCCCUCAACCACCUUUUUCUGGGUCCUCGAGAUUCCCGAAGCCGGUGGUGGCGACACGGCCUUCGCUUCCCUGACCGCUGCCUACGAGGCCCUCUCGCCCGCAUUCCGCGAGACGCUUCAUUCCCUGAAGCUGCGGCACACUUCCGCUUCUAUCGGCGAGGUCCGCCGCGUCGGCGCCGAGCGCGCAUACGCGGAAGCCAUCAAUGCGACGCACCCCCUCGUCAUCAAACACCCCGUCACGGGAAAGCCGUCCCUGUUUGUCAGCCCUACGAUCGCGCACGCGGUGGACGGUUUCUUGCCCGAGGAGUCGGAGGCCCUGCUAUCGUUUUUGAACAAUCACAUCCGGAGCCUGGACUUCGGUUGCCGGUUGAAAUGGGAGAAGGGCUCGGUCGUGAUCUGGGACCAGAGAUCGGUUGCCCAUACCGCUAUUCCAGAUUUCAAGGAUCAUGAGAGGAGGCAUAUGGUGCGGAUGAUCCCGUAUGGUGUUAAGCCGGAGCCGUAUUCUAAGUAG